AUGAUUAUAUAUUGUACAUUCAUAGCACGUAACCGCGAGCUUACCAUACAGCGUAUUUAUCAACACAGGUUCUUGUUGAGGUCAAAGCUGUAAAAUAGUGGUAAGAUAUCAUGUCGCAGUGAUUGUUCUGGGGUCACCGCCGAUGUCUGUGCUGCCACAAAUGAGGCCAAAGUAUUGAGAUGCGUGGAGUGUUCGUUCUCAUGCCGUCCUCUUCUCUCGUUUAGUAUUCCAUCAAAUUCUUCAGCAGCAGGGUAUAUGAGACCGUGGUGAUGCUCAUGCCUCCUUGUUUAUAUGCCAUGGAGGCUCCUCUGCCAGACCUUUCCCAAAAUGAUAGGAACGUCAUUUUUGACGGACUUAACAUAUCUCUGAACUGCAUUAUUCUGCAAUCCUUGGUACACGGCCUAUACACCGGCAUAAUAGCAGUCACUUUACGGGUUAUAUCCUCCUCUCCGAAGAAGUUAUGCACUACAUUCCUGCAUAUCAUCAUCAUCACGCUUUACGUUCUCUCCACGAUAGAGUUCGCGAUCGACUGGGUCUUUAAGCGCCGCGCAUUUAUCGGACAUGGCAACAAUUAUUACACUGUCUUCACAGCGCUGGCAGACAAUGGGCCGUGGUGGAGAGCAUAUAACAUCAUCGGUAGCGUCGCCGGUGGUACAACCACGCUUUUAGUCGAUAUCACUAUCAUAUGGCGUUGCUGGAUCCUCUGGAAUCGCCAGUGGCGAGUGAUAUUUGUACCAAUGGUUUUCGCGGUAGCCGGGACGGCCAUGAAGGCCAUGGAAAUAUUCAGCACUUUCCGUGAGUCCACCAACCCCGAUAUCAGUGGGACCAGCCACUUCGUCACCGAAAUUAACUGGCCGUUGAUAUACAUCCUCCUGACGCUCUCCACAACCCUCACGUGCACAAUCCUAAUUGUUUACCGUCUCAUUCGACACGCUCCAGGGAUGAGCACGUCCCACAAACUCAUCGAGAUGCUGAUCGAGUCGUCAGCGAUGUACUCUCUUUCAUUAAUCGUCUAUCUUGCACUACUAGUACAGAAGAAUUCUCACCCCGCCUUCUACAUCGACAUUAUAGCCGCUUACAUCAAGGCCAUCGCCCCAACACUGCUUGUCGGACGCGUUUCAGCCCAUGCUAAAGCGACCUACCGCCGAGAAAAGAUGGUCGCUAUGUGGGAGAAUCAUCCUCCCUUGGUCGGCUGUUUCAGGGAAGGCGAUACUGAUUAUAAUCACCCGGAUGAUGGUCAUUAAACAUCGUUGGGCAAGGAAACCGUAUGAUCUCCAUACCCUCAGUGUUAUCAAUAGAGAUCUACCACAUCCUCAGCAGAUGGUUUCGCUCAAAUCAAGGUGCCCCGUUAAUUAACUGAUCUAUCGCGUAGCUACAGGAUGAUAC